UCACAACAAUCAACUAUUAACACUUUAAAGCCUGUUUACAAUUUGAUUGAAUUAGGAUUAGACGAUUAUAAUGAAAAUGAACUUGUUCUUGAUACUAUUAAUGAUUUAAAAUUAUUUUUUGAGAAUUCCAAUAAUUUAGGAUUUAAACGCUUUUUUGAAAGACAUUUUGAGUUAAAAGCUUUAGAAGCACAAGAACAUGAACUUUUUAUAAAAUCGCAAUUAUUGUCAUUUGAAAUUACUAAUGAAAAAUCAGAUAAUAAAAUGUCUGAAAAACAUACAUAUAAAUUUAAUUAUAACAAUUCUUUACCACUUUGUAAGCCUGCAUACUUAAAAUUGUGUGGAAUGAAUAGUUAUUUACUUUUUACCUUACAAACUCAUUUACAAUUAAAUGGAUUAACUGAAUGUAUUCACAGAAAUACUGGACAUGCGUCUAAAACAGAAUUGAGUUUUUUUUAG